AUGAAAGAGUCAGGCAGAAUUCCACACAAUAGUACCAUCCUAUCUCUCUCUCCUGUGCUGGACAGUGAAGGUGUUCUUAGAGUUGGUGGGAGACUGAACAAAGUGAAUGAUGCAGAACUGAGUGGGCAACAGCGCAACCCAAUAAUUUUACCGAAAAACCAUCAUGUCAGUCACCUGCUUAUUGGUUACUUUCAUUCAGAAGUAUUUCACCAGAGACGCCAUUUCACAGAGGGUGCUGUGCGUGUGGCAGGAUAUUGGAUUGUUGGUUUGAAGAGAAAAGUUUCCUCUUUCAUCAGCAAGUGUGUGGUGUGUCGUAAGCUGCGGGGUAAAUUCAGUCAACAAAAGAUGGCAGAUCUUCCAGCGGAUCGCUGCAAACCAAGUCCACCCUUUUCAUAUGUAGGCGUUGAUACAUUUGGUCCGUGGAUGGUGGCAUUCCGUCGCACAAGAGGAGAAAGUGCUAAUCAGAAACGAUGGGGCCUAUUAUUCACCUGUCUAGUGACCAGAGCCAUCCACAUUGAGAUCAUAGAACAACUCACAAGUUCGUCUUUUAUCAAUGCGCUCAGACGUUUUGUUGCAUUACGUGGACCCGUGACCCAAUUCCGAUCUGAUCGUGGUACCAAUUUUGUGGGAGCGUCAGAAGAUUUGUCUAUUAAUGCAGAAUUUAUCGAGAAGGGACCAGUGCAAGACUUUCUCUCGAACUGUCGCACUACUUGGAAGUUUAAUCCUCCUCAUGCCCCACAAAUGGGAGGGGUGUGGGAACGACUUAUUAGGACAGUCAAGCGUAUACUGAAUUCCAUGUUAUUGCAACGACAAGGUAGAGACUUGACACAUGAAGAACUCACAACACUCAUGACAGAAAUAUGCGCCAUUGUUAACAACAGACCACUGAUGGAUGUGACAUGUGAUCCGGACUCACCACACCUACUUACACCCUCGAUGCUACUUACCAUGAAGACUUACCCAGAUGUCGAGCCAUUUCCACCCCUUGGAACAAAGGAUGCUCUUAAGUCAUCUUGGAAAAAUGUUCAAGUCUUGGCAGAAGAAUUUUGGCGACGGUGGAAGUCGGAAUAUUUGCACUAA